CAUGACAGUAGCACAACUUGUCCAGUGCAGAGAAAAAGAUUUCCAUUUGGGAGUACUAUGAAAAACUAAAUUAAACCGUUAGGGCUACUCACAAACAUGUUCAGCGUGGAGACGUUUCAGAGCCACAUAUGUGCUAUAAUGAAGGCUCUGGUGGAGGCUGGGGUGACGGAGCUCAGCGGACUUCUGGAGCAGCACUGGGCUAACGUCAUGGCCGCCGCUCGGUACCGCUCUGCUCCGGCGGCAGAGACGGUGGUAAAGAGCGAAGAGGAGGAGGAGGGAGAAGUGACUCUACCGGAGCAGAGACAGCAGCUUAAUACAGCUAUAACGAACCAGUUUGCAUUGCUCAUGGAAGCAUUGACCAAAGCAGCAGUAGAGAAAAUAUUGAUGAUCUUAAAAGUGUCCAUGUGUGAAGCUCAGGGUGGUCCUGCUGCAGAGCAGAGACCCGGACUGAACAACAAGACUCAACAGACAAGCAAGAAGCCGACGGGAGGGCGAGGGGCCAGGCCCAAAAAGCAAUCAGAAACCAAAAUUUGUCGUCAGAAGGGGAAGAAAACUGAGGGAGGACUUCAACCAGCGAUAAGAAAGGAGAACUACCACAUGUAUUACCGAGAAGAGCAACAGACUGAGAAAGCAAAAGCAGCAGCUGAGUCAGAAUCAGUGAUCGAACCAGCUGAUGUGGCCACACAUAGAGAGAGUAACUCUGGAUCCCUGUCUAAACAUGAAGCCUUGUUAACAGAGCCCACGUCAGAGCCGGCCCCUGACCCGUCUCCUGAGCCGGCCCCUGAGCCGGCCUCUGAUGUCAGUGAGGACGAUGUCAUCCAGGAGGAUAGAGACACUUCAACUACCGCAUCCAAGAUCAAAAAGAAGAAGACCACAGCGCCUUUCAAAUGUCCUUCUUGUGACAAAACAUUUGCUCUCAAGUGUUUGAUGGACCGGCACUACCUGACUCACUCCAAGCCUCACCUCUGCUCCGAGUGUGGCAAACGUUUUGCCGGACUCCGGGGGCUCAUCGCACAUUCAAGACGCCACACUGGAGAGAAGCUUUACAAAUGCUCGGACUGCGGGACAGAGUUUGCUUACAAGAGCACCUUCGAGAGACACAUGCGUCAGCACAGCCUGAAGAGACCGAACACCCACACGUGCACGCUGUGUGAGAAUCAGUUUGCCGGGGUGCUGGCGUUUCAGAGGCACAGGUGUUGUGCCCUGAAAAAGACAUUUGUCUGCUCUGUUUGUCCAGAGAUAUUUGAGUGCAGAAAGAGUUUGGCAGAUCAUGAGAAUCUACAUUCAGGAGACAGAGAUUUUGUCUGUGAAAGCUGCGGUGAGAGUUUCUUCUCGUCCUCAUCCUUGGCCAUUCACCGGGUGACUCACAUCCAAAAGGAAAACUGCUGCGAAGUGCUCGGCCUCGGAUGCAGCGACAUGAGCGUCCUCAAAAAUCACCUGAGCAAACACACCGGAGAAAAACUUUUCAUCUGCGAGGUUUGCGGUAAAGGCUGCAGUCACCGGAGCGCGCUGAAGCACCACAUGCUGACCCACACGGGAGAGAGGUCGUACGUCUGCGAGACCUGUGGCAAACGCUGUGGCCACGCCAGCGCGCUUCAGAACCACAUGCGGAUCCACACGGGGAAGAAACCGGGGCAACAGCCGGUCUGCAACGUGUGCGGGAAAAAAUUUCGGUGCACGGUCAAUCUCAAAUAUCACAUGAGCAUCCACACGGGGGAGAAGCCUUAUGCCUGCGAUCAGUGUGAUAAGAAGUUCAGCAACCCCAGCAAUCUCAAGCUGCACAUGAGGAUUCACUCUGGAGAGAAGAUGUACGGCUGCAACAUCUGCAGCAGGAGGUUCACUCAGUCCAGCAGCCUGAAGCUGCACAGGCGGAUCCACACUGGAGAAAAGCCGUAUUGCUGCUCGGUCUGCGGGAAAGGAUUCAUACACAGCAGCGACUUCAAGAAACAUCAGAGGGGUCACCUGCCAGAGGAACCUGGGGAUGGACAGUCUGAAAAAACUGCAGUGAAAACUUAAAACCUUUCACUGCAGCACGCUCACUUAUUGCACUGAGCAUUGAUAUGGAUUGUUUAUGUUUGCACACAUUGGAGUUCAGGCUGGGCAAUGUGACCAUAAACACUGUGAGACAAUAGAAAUUUGUUGAGUGCCAAAGAUUUUAUAAUUCUGUUUUGCUGAUCAGUCAGUGGGACUGUUUUAUGGCAGUAUAAUCUUCAGGAGUUGAAAUGGUUAUUUUGUUUCUAGGAAGUUUUCUGUGGGUAAAACACUACAUGGCCAAAAGUGUGUGGAGACAUUGUAACUCUUUAACAUGUCACUCUAUAAUCGUGAGUAUUAAUCUGCUGCUAUAACAGCCUCCUCUUCUGAGUUCAGGCUUUCCACAGGAUUCUACAACCUGGCUCCAGGGAUUUGAUCCCAUUCAGCCACAAGAGCAUUAGUGAGGUCCAAGACUGAUGUUGGAUGAUAAGACCUGGCUCACAGUCAGUGUUCCAGUUCAUCUCAAAGGUGGUAGAUGGGGUUAAGCUCAGGGCUCUGUGCAGGCCAGUCGAGUCCUUCUACACCAAACAGGAAAAACAGUUUUUUUACAGACAGUGUUUGCUUCUUAAGUUAGAAGCACACUGCAGUUCAUGUAUAAAACAUCAUUGUCAUGCUGUAGCAAUAAUAUUUGCCUUCAUUGGAACAACGAGUCCAAACCAUGAAGAACAACCCCAGAUCAAAAGCAUAUACACCUGAGUGUCCACAUACAGCUAGUGUAUACUAUGAUUGAACAUUGUUAUUGCCCACAGACUUACAUUCGACCAAAUGUAGCCAAAACUUGAAAUGACUUUGGUAACGCAUUCUGUUACAGAAAAUGAUAAACGUUGAAGUAAUUUAGCUUUUCCUGGAAAAAAGUUCUGAUCAAUAUUUCGCGGAUUAACUAAUAAAUUAUUAAUAAAGUUACUAUUUUCGUUCACAGUGACUUGUAAAAAGUUAAACAUGUCUGAAAAGUUUGUUCUCUGCUGUUUUCAUUAGCAGCUGUUAACUUUACAGCUCUGUCUUAAAGCAAUUUAAUGUUUUUUUUCACUUGACUGGUUUUACUGGAAUCACGGAAAUUACUUACAUGUGGCUAAUUUCCUUUGUCAUUAAACAAAAAAAGGGGAGUAGGGGGUAAAUGAGGUCAAUAAAAUUAGCAGAUAACCCGUGGUAAUUAACACUUCAUCAGAGACUUUGUAUAAAAAGACUGGACAGACAGUGACUUGAGAGAAACACUGAGACUUAGGCAGGAGCUGCAGUCAUACAUACAGCAUGAAGAAUUUAUGGAUGGAUAUCACAAGAUUGGAAUAAAGAAAUUAAGAUGAAGGCAGUACAAUACCGUACACUCUAUUUGACUGUUGCUGUCUUUGUACAUGAUUAAUAUAUAAGGAAAACCUGUCAUUAAAUUUGAGGUCAUUUAUACAGAAUCCUCUGCAUAUAUGAAGAUGUAAGUUUAUAAGAUUUAUUAAAUACCCAUAAAAAAAAUAAAAAUUUGAAUUAUCAAAAAUAUCUAUC